UUAAAAAUGUUUGAUUUCUUCGUAUUACGAAUGGAGUAAAAGCAAAAAAGAAGAAGAAGAAGAAGCAGCAGCAGCAGCGUUCACACAACGAAACCGGAGAUGACUUGACCCAACGUGGCAGCAUUUUUCCCGUGAGGCCGUCACACCCCAACCCACUUCCCCUGCCAUUUCCUGUCUACAGGAGUGGACGCGUCGGUCUCGUAUCCGCUGCCUGCGCAGGCCUGCUGCUCGACGCUGCUGGCGUCUACCGGCUAGCAUGGACUCUCCCCCGCCCCUGCUCGCGAGCUCUCCACGCUCGGCGCUACCGGACCAUCCUCUGCACGGCCAGGCUACGGGUUCUCCUCCGCCGCCCCUGCUCACCAGCGCUCCAUGCUCGCCGCUACCAGCCGAGCCGCUCCUGCACGGCAAGGCCACGGGAGCGCCCGCGGCGGCGGCGUUCUGCCCGCCGUCGUACACCGCGGAGUGGAUCUUCAGGGACUUCGCUUGCCGCCGCGCCGCCUUGGUCCGCGCCCUCACCUCAGAUGAGAAGGCGUUCUCUCGCAAGUGCAACCAAGGUACAUCAGAGACCCUGUAUCUGUAUGGCAAUAGUGAUGUGAGUUGGGAGGUGCGGCCACAGAAGUUCAUGCCGCUGGGGCAGCCUGAGCCAAUGAUGCUCGGCAUCAAACUAGUGAGGGGCAACAUGAAACGCAUAAAAUGGCUCAGACACAUCGCCAUGCACUGUGACGCAUGGCUCAUUCGUAUCUCCUCAUUCCUUGGUGCCAAUUUGGAGACUAGAUCAAGCAGGCAGCGUUUAUCUGAUAGGAUGAACAGUCUGCAAACUGUUCUUGAAACACUCAUUGCUAGUGACACGUAUCAACGCAUAUGCCGUGUGGAAAAAGCGAAUGAGGAUGAGGAUGAAGGCUGUGGUACUGAGCCAACCAUCUGUGCAAGCUGUGGCAGCGGCUACCAUGCAAAUGGGUUCUGGAUUUGUUGUGAUGUGUGUGACCGUUGGUUUCAUGGUAAAUGUGUGAGGAUAACAGCAGCUCAAGCGGAGAGAAUAGAGCACUAUGAAUGCCCUGAGUGCUGCUCCGACAAGAAAGGGCAUGAUUACAAUGUGGACCCAAUGCUUUCUGUUCUGUAUAAGCGAUACUAGAUAUGCCCAAGUCGAAUUACUAGUGCAUUUGAACUCUUCUGGACUUCUGUCAUGCUAUAUAGCUUUGUUGGGCUAGUUGAUAUUGUUUUGAACUUAUGUGGUUGCUGCUUAAAGCUUGGACUGUUUAUCUGCAGCCAGCAUGCACUAUAUUGUUGCGUACUAAUCCGUUUUAGAUAUUGUGCUAGACUUCUGA